AUGAGUGAGCUGGUAGCAAUGCUGGAAAACUACAAUAUCGACAUAGCUGGCAUACAGGAAACUAGAAUGCUAGGUCAACAGAGAAUCAAAGAGCAGGGAUGGGACAUCAUCCUGUCAGGACGCACAGAUAACAUGCACACAGGAGGUGUAGGACUUGUUCUGUCACAAAGAGCCUCAAAAGCACUGAUCGAAUAUGAAUUUAUUGAUGAGCGACUACUCAAUGUUCGUUUCUUCUCACGUCAUGCAAAAUUAUCAAUAAUUGUAGCUUAUGCACCUACAGAAGAAGCCACAGAUGAAGAAAACAAACUUGAUGCGGUUCUGGCCAAAGUGCCUUCACAUGAUGUAUGUACAAUAAUUGGAGACCUCAAUGCGAAGGAAGGAACUGCAGCAGACCAGUGUCUUAGGGUUAUCGGACGGCAUGGUGCUGGAUCAAGUGCGAACAAUAAUGAAACGAGACUGCUAGAGUUGUGUACCACACACAACCUGGUCAUAGGAGGGACACUUUUUCCACACAGAAGGAUCAACACCACGACAUGGAAAUCACCCAAUGGGACCACACUCAAUCAGAUUGACCACAUCAUCAUCAGAGGAAAAUGGAGGCGUUCACUACAAGAUGUAAGAUCAUAUAAUGGUGCCGACAUCUACAGCGAUCACAAGCUUGUUAUCAGCAAGGUCAGGACUAGUCUUGCCAAGAUAAAGAGACCACCAGAAAUAAGAAUAUUUGCAGACCACCUCCUUCGAAUACCUAAAGUCAAGGAAGAGUUUAGUUUGAAACUGAGCAACCGUUUCAAAGCCCUAGCAGACCUUGGUGCUGAGGAGUCUGUAGAUAAAUCUUGGAAAAGUCAAAAGUAG